AUGCAAACCACCGCUGCACGACAGUCACCUGUGAUUGCUCUGCGUUCACCGAGGAAUGCUGCGGAACAAUUGAAAACCCUGACCUCUCCGGUCGGGAGCAACCAAGCAGCGCCAAUGCUGGCAGACCUGCACGCCGCACGGCAUGGGUCCGAGUCAACCAGUUCUCCCUCACGACGUAGUUCGUCAGACUCGGUGGUUGGCAUUUACAGAAACAAGCAAGAUGCACGAGUACGUGGGAAGGUCGCCUUUAGUUCGUUGGUGGAGCUCUACAAUCGACGAUUCGAAGAAGAACAAGAGUUGUUGGAGAAUAGUGUUUCAGAGGCGCGACCCAGGCAGCAACGAAGCGUCAGCGCGAGAUCCAGCGGGUCUGCUACCGCCGAUAAUGAUGCUCUUUCUCGUGCGGCUUCCGUCGACGCUUCGACAGAUGAAGGUUCCUCCGUGCUCACAAGCCUAUCGUCAAGCGAAAUCGACGAGCCAGAUAACGAGGACGACGACGAUUUCAUCUACAAGUCCACCAAAUCAAUAAACCGUAGCCAUGGAACCCAUCGUACGCGUAGCCGAUACAUCGCAGGCGCUCAGAACACUUCAGCAGAUGUGGCCAUUGUGCCUAGGUCACGCAGACGAAUAGUGCGAUCUACGGCAGCACAUUUCACCACGGAUAGCGACGACAAGCUGGACUCGGCGGGCACGCCCGCUGAGCUAAGUGAUGAAUCCGACGCGUCCAGCCCGGUCCUUGCACGUCCACAUCCUUUACGUUCCAAGCUGAUGGUGCACUCAAGUGAAAGUGCAUCUGACAGCGAAACCGAAAGCGAAUCUGAAAGUGCAUACGAAGAAACUCCCUCCGGCUUGUCUGUACCACUCAUUACACCUGAUGAUCGUCAAGGUGAGGACGUCCCGCCCUUGCUGGCCAACACACGAGACGUCCCGCCCUUGCUGGCCAACACACGAGACGAGCAAUUGUCCGUACCAGAUUUGGACCACGUCGGGGGACGAAUAAGUGCAAUUUGGCCGGAUGCCAAGCUAUCGGCGCACAACCUCGGAUCAUCCAAGCACAUGGCAGUUCUCGGCGUCUCUUCGUUCGACAAUGCGGGAAGCGUCAGUACCUCUUCGUUCGGAAACGUGCCCAGAGCUUCUUCUCGUCUUGCUGAGGGCGAUCCAAGUGCGAGAAGUGCUGCAGAAAGCAAGUCGGGAUCGUCAGAUACCAAUGAACUCGCUUCGGAAGUGUCCCGCAGCUCCGAACGCGAAAGAGGUGCUGAGAAGCAAGUCACUUCAAUCGGAAAUGGUGACCAACCUUCGCCUCAUUCAAACAAUCCAUCCCUUGCUGGCAGAGACAAACAUUCAGAAAAGGACGGUGGCCAGACCUCUGACGAUGCUUCUGAGGCACCUAUCCUCAUCAAUUCUCGCAUCACGGACGUGCAAAUGACCGAGUCGAGUGCGCCUGCCACGGAUUCAGAGGGCGAGUUGUAUCGUCACAGAUAUCCAAGACGCGCUCGCACUGUCAUCGACUACAACAUCCAGCGUGCUUCAGAACGUUACCAGCGUCAAGAGAGCGAUGCAUCCGGAAUUGUAGCCUCGCCCAAUACAUGCAACUCGACAGAUGGAUCGAAAGAGAAGCGGCUAACCGUCGUGACUGCAACCCCGCAGUUCUUCGAGGCUCUCAAAUCGCAGCGACCUCGAGAGACUGCAGGUGUUGCUGCUAAAUCGACACCCUCUUUCGCCGAGUUCUUGAUGACCAAGGCGAGACCCAAGUCUACCGAGUCUUCGCAUUCGAAGGUCGACGCAGCCAUCGUUCGAAGCGCCGAAACACCACCGUUGUUGACGGAGGGUCAAGCUCGAAAACUUCUCGAGCCGAAUUUCGGUUCGCCCUUGUGUUAUAACAUCACCGUCAGCACGGAAGACCGCGCAAGCUUCUAUCAGCUUAAACCGAGCACGCGUCGCUCACUUGGGAUCAAAGGCACUGGUCCUCUUUUGUUGAGCGACGACAUUUCAGAUAAGGUUAAUACCGAACUUCAACCUACAAAUGGUACCGGGAAGCCGCUUGGUCACAAGCUUGACUCUAUCCUUUCUUUCAACCGCCGAGACACGCGUCCGACCCCGGCUGUACUUGGUCAAAUGUUCGAGUCGUUGGACGGCACAGGUCCGAUUGGACGUCCCAGGGACGCUACCUCACUCGAAUCCGCUUCUCGUCGUUUGCGUCUCGGACGAGCCUUCAAAGCAUCACUUCCGCACACACUUUCUACGUUCUCUGACAUGGAACGCCACGAGCUGGUCUGGUUGGAAGAUUAUCUGCCUGAAUUGAGCCGUUUGGCUCGAGAGCAAAAGGCAAGAGAACAGGGUAGCAUUCUGAUCGAGUUGGAUAGCAGCGAUUGGGUGCGCACGCAAUACGAUAAUGUGGGCAGGCAGACGGAUGCAACUUUAAAGUGUUGUGCCGGUGGACAGAUCAAGGUAUAUUUCGAUCAUAAACUGAACCAAGAAAAGCAGAAAGCAGUGAAUGGGACGGCCUCUCAACUGGCGGUUGAUCUGGCACAGCCGCAGUUGAGAGCUUCGGGGAUCAACGAUAACGGUAAAAGACUGCGUUCACCCAGCGUGGAGCUGGUGUCGAUAAGCAACAAGAAGGUCAGUGUUGAUGGUGCGGUGAAGACGAGGAAAACAAUGGUUGGUUCGACUAGAGUGAGGGUAAGCAAUCGUGAUGGGACGAUGCAACCAGUGGCGAACGACAGGCAGCGGUAG